AUGUCCAUGGAGGAGCUAAAACCUUCGAACAGUAACAUUCUUGAGAAGCUGAGACAUGGACUCGCUAGGUUCGAGCUUGUUUCCUCCCCUACUCCUUCAAUCUCCUCUUCUGCUUCCUUCUUAGGCGCAACACAGAGCAAUAGCUCUGUCUUCUUCGCCAGAAUCGGUUCCUCCAUGAAUGGUACUCCGGCAGCGAAGAAGGUUGAGCAGUACGCUGUGGAUAGAGUUACUGGUGAUGGUCGCUGUCUCUUUAGAGCUUUGGUAUUUUAUGAAUUACGAAUGGCUGUGAAAGAGGUUAUAUGCAAUGACCCCAAGGAAAGGGAGAAGUACAAAGAAGCUUUAAUAGCUAUCACAGUGGAUGAGUCUCUGAAACGGUAUUGCCAGAGGAUUGGAAGACAUGAUUUCUGGGGAGGAGAGUCUGAGCUGCUAGUUCUUUCCAAGCUAUGUAAACAACCAAUCAUUGUCUACAUACCAGAGCAUGAGCAUAGGAGAGGAGGAGGGUAUGGGUCGGGUUUUAUACCGAUUGCAGAGUAUGGAGCUGAGUUUAGAGGAGGCUGGGGAAAAGGCAACAAGAAGAAGAAUGUUGUUAGGCUUCUUUAUAGUGGUCGAAACCAUUAUGAUCUGCUUCGCUAG